AUGGCUCCGAACGGAAAGCGGAGCUCAAAGGACGACGACUUCGUCCUCACGCUGUCCGACGAUGAUGAUGUUCCCCGCUUCGACGAGGACGAGACCGAGGAAUUGAGCGGCAAGGCGAAAGAUACAGAAAACAAGAAGCGUAAGCGCGAAGCCGAGGCUCCCAAAGAAAAGAGCAAGAAGCAAAAGAAGCAGAGCAAAAAAGGGAAGGCCGAGCCCGUGGCUCUGUCUGAGGACGAGGAAGACGAUGAGGCAACCGGUGCAGCUGAGGAUGAUGGUGUCCUUGAUCCCGAGUUUGAAUUCGAUGUUGGGGGCGCUGCCAAUCGCGGAGUCACCGAGGGCUUCGACGGCUGGGGUAUGGACGAGCCUAAGCAAAAUGGCGGCGACAAGAAGGCGGUGGAUAUAGACGAUAUCAUCUCCCGGAGGCAAGCGAAGAAGGAUGCUGCUCAGAAGAAGCAAAAGAAGGCCGUUGUCGAGGAGGAGUCUGAAGAGGAGGACGCUGAAUCUGGCGAUGAUAUGUCGGUGGACUUCGAAGAUGACGAACUGAUGGCUGAGGACGGAUUUGGAAUGGGCGCCGAUGGCGAGGAUGAGAGUGAUGCGGAAGGUCCGUCUGGUCCAGAAGAUGAUGACGAAGAGGGCAGCGACGACGAGGAUGACGACGCAGCAUCUGAUAAUGACUCUGUUGCAACCCCAGUUGAUCACCCCGAUGAUAUGGAAUCUGACCGGGAGUCUGAUGCGGAGAGUGAGGUCGACGCCGUAGAGGCCGAGAAGCGCAAAGCUUUCUUCGCUCCCGAGGAAAAGACCGACGAGAAGGCUGCAGGAAAGAGCACGUUCCAAGAUUUCAACCUCUCUCGCCCUAUUUUGCGAGGUCUCGCCUCGGUUGGAUUCACCGACCCAACUCCCAUUCAGCGCAAGACAAUCCCCAUGGCGCUCCUGGGUAAGGAUAUCGUGGGUAGUGCUGUUACUGGUUCCGGUAAAACCGGUGCUUUCAUCGUUCCUAUUCUCGAGCGUCUGCUCUUCCGUCCUCGCAAAACUCCUACCAGCCGUGUCGCCAUCCUCAUGCCUACCCGUGAAUUGGCGGUUCAAUGUUACAAUGUCGCCGUGAAAUUGGCGACUUUCACCGAUAUUACCUUCUGUCAGCUUGUUGGUGGUUUCAGUUUGCGCGAGCAAGAGAACAUCCUCAAGAAGCGACCCGAUGUUAUUAUCGCCACCCCUGGUCGUUUCAUCGAUCAUAUGCGCAACUCUCCCAGCUUCACAGUGGAUACGCUCGAGAUUCUGGUUCUUGAUGAAGCUGAUCGUAUGCUGGAAGAUGGUUUCGCUGACGAGUUGAACGAAAUCCUGACCACUAUUCCGAAGUCACGACAGACUAUGCUGUUCUCUGCUACCAUGACCGACACUGUUGACAAGCUCAUUCGUGUUGGACUGAACCGUCCUGUUCGGCUGAUGGUGGAUGCAAAGAAGCAAACCGCCGUGACCCUGACUCAAGAAUUCGUUCGUCUACGACCUGGGCGUGAAGAUAAACGCAUCGGAUACCUUCUUUAUUUGUGUAAAGAGAUCUAUACGGGACGUGUGAUUAUUUUCUUCCGACAGAAGAAGGAAGCGCAUAGGGUUCGCAUCAUCUUUGGACUAUUGGGACUGAAGGCGGCUGAGCUCCACGAAAAUUUCCGUGAUGGAAAUGUCGCUUUUCUCCUCGCUACCGAUCUUGCCUCUCGUGGUCUAGAUAUUAAAGGUGUCGAAACUGUCAUCAACUACGAAGCCCCACAAAGCCACGAGAUUUACCUCCAUCGUGUGGGUCGUACCGCCCGUGCCGGCCGCUCAGGUCGUGCGUGCACCAUCGCCGCCGAACCGGACCGAAAGGUAGUCAAGGCAGCCGUGAAGGCCGGCAAGGCCCAAGGCGCCAAGAUCGCUAGCCGUGUGAUUGAGACUUCCAUUGCCGACGAGUGGGCUCAAAAAGCCGCCGAUCUGGCUGAAGAGAUUGACGAGAUUCUGCAAGAGGAAAAGAUUGAGAAGCAGAUGUCUCAGGCUGAGAUGCAAGUCAGCAAGAGUGAGAACCUCAUGAAGCACGGCGCAGAGAUUAUGGCCCGACCCAAGCGGACGUGGUUCGAGACUGAGCAACAAAAGAAAGCCUCGCGCAAACUUGGUGCUAGUGAACUGAACGGGCCUGAUGCUGGGAAGUCUAAGAAGGAUAGGGUCAAGCUCAGCAAUAAGGACAGGAAGCGUCUGGACGACGCCAAAUUUCGAAAAGAAAGCGGUGCGGGCUGGAAGAAGGGCAAAGCUGAGCGUGACGCGCCGAAAAGCAAGGGUAAGGACAAGGGCAAAAAGAAGGGCAGAAAGUCAAAUGUAACGGAGCAAGUCCGUCGUGCUCACGAUGUGCUGCCCGUGGGGAAACCUCUCGAAGCGCGAGUCGCACAAUUAGAAGAUGCCCUGUCGAAAGUCCGCCAUGCCGAUGCGGACACGAAGAAAGUGAGCUCGCCGGGGUCGGUGGCUGAGUCCAGCUCCAGUGCAGGCCGCCGGGUCAAAAGUGAACACGGAGAGGCACAGGAACUAGCGAGGGACUUCGACGGAUUGAACGUCGAAACCGAUGGUCGCAUUUCUUUCCAUGGCCCGACCAGUCUUUUCCAGCUUCCCAGCGGAGUUGUGAAUGAAACAGCAUCGAACCUGCAUGUGACGCAGGAACUGGAAGCGCGCAAAGAACGACUGAUCAACAGCGCAUGGAGGGAGCGGGCAUUCGAGCAGAUGGCAACUAUGCCGGGUCUGCUCAACGCCAUUCUUUCUCAUUCCGUGAGAUGGUGUAAAGAAGAACCACAGAUCAGCCCUCUCCUCGACCAAUUUGACGGAGGCCGCCUAUUCUAUCAGCGUGCCCAGGCUGAACUGUUCGAGUCGCUCAAGGGGGGCUAUGCUAGGAUCCCAACCAUCCAGACGUUGCUACUUAUGAGUGCGCAAGAAUGUGGCCGCGGCAACCGGACCCAGGCUUGGCUGUACAGUGGCAUGGCAUUCCGGCUGCUUGAUGACCUUGGCAUUUCAAUAGACAGUCGCAAAUACUCCGGAUCGGCUCAAUUAAGUGACGAAGAUAUCGAGAUUCGCAACCGACUGUUUUGGAGUUGCUACUUCUGGGACAAGAUUGUAUCCCUCUAUUUUGGUCGCUCACCAACGAUGCAACACUCUCGCGUGAGCCCGCCGCGCAUGAUCCUGGACGACACGUCGGAGGUCGAAAUAUGGACUCCACACGGCGUCCGAUUCCCGGACGGAGCUCACUAUCCCCCUACAGAGGCGCACUCUACUUCGUGCUUCAUGAAGAUGUGCGGUCUGGCGGAGAUUCUGAAUCAGAUUUUGGUCCAUAUUUACGACCCCAUGAGCCAAACCACCGAGAGCGAAUUCCUUGAUUGUGUUCAGGAACAAGCGAAGAACUUGAGCGAUUGGUGGGACGAACUGCCUGAUUAUUUGAGAUUAACACGGCAAGAACCCUAUGAUACCAGCCAUCUUGUCCAAUGUAUGGCAUCAGCGACCGCAAUCCUGUCCCUGUUCGACUUAUACCGACGGACAUUCGGAGACAGCCACGUCGUCCUCUCCCUCUCCUACAGCAUCUACACCGCAGCCUCCAUUUUCCUCCUGGAGAUCCAAGCGCUGAAAUAUGCCGCUCCUGGCACCCUCGACAAGCUCCGGUUCUGCAUAUUUGCCCUGGAGCGAAUCAAAGUCACAAACCCCGUAAUGGCCACAGCCUUGCAGCUCGUCUACCAGGAAGUCCAAAAACUUCAAAUCGAUAUCAAUGUCCCAGGCCCGGCUGGCUCCGCCGAUGCACACAAACCAACACCUCGUUCACAUCCACAAAACAGCCAGUCUCCGUCUGUCGGUAGCAACCCAUCUCGCCACGUUUCCCCAGGAAACCAGCACCAACCGGUCGGCCACCCACAAAUGACCCAACAGCAAACGACUGUCUCGACCGCAGCGCCCAUGAUGCCGGGCUAUAAUGCCUAUCAGCCGCAACAGGUCGGAAGCUACCCAGUCUCACCAAUGAACGAGAUGCCCCAAAUGCCGGCGACGCAUUUACUCGGUGGCAUGCCGAACGCAGUGAUGAACUUCGAUGAUCCCCGUUCCUACGAGAUCACGCCGGAGGUCUUUGAAGCCUUUUCGUACGCGCAGCCCAUCUCGGCGAAUAUGGCGUCGCCAUACGCAAACUGGGCUCCAGUCCACCAGUGA